CCUUGACUUCCUUUGAGAGGUGUUAGUCGAAAAGUAAACGCAGGCAGCUGGGAGGUCACUUGAAUAUCGGAAUUGAAGGGGGAUUUCCUACAAUGGGGUUCAUUCCAGACCUGGGGAAGUCUCUCCCUCCUCCUUCAAUCGCCAACAGGAACUCGGUGUGGCUCGCAGGUGUAGGCUGGUGCUCCGCGAUGCUUCAUAACGCCCUUAACCACAGGCCACCGGUAAAAGCAGGUGUUCACCGACAAAUUCUUUUUACAACCAUUGGUUGGUUCAUCGGCUACCACCUUACAAAAAAUGAAAACUACACUUUUGCCAAACUUGAUCGAGAUAUGAACGAGUAUAUCAAACUCCACCCAAAGGAAUUUGCAGCAAAGGAAAAAAAGACCUUUGCAGAGAUCGUCGAGCCUUUCCAUCCAGUGCGCUAAGUGUUGGCUGCUGGUGAGGGAGGACACCUUUGUAGACUACCAUCUGUCUUCAGUGGUCUUUUUUGUGAAAUAUGUCAUUCAUUGUGAGAAGAGUAGUUGUGUAAAUAAAAGAAAUACCUUAAUUCAACAAUAA